AUGGUUCAUGACGAAACACAGGAAACCAGCUGGAGACAUCCACUAUUGGAGAAAGUGUGGAAGGAGCUUAAAGCUUGUGAUUCCAUCAAGUAUGCUGCUUACCGAACAGCUGUCAAGAUCCGAUUGCUUCAGAAAGCUCUUCACUAUCGACAUGGACUACGACCUGGAGAAGCUGAAACAUUACUUGAAGUCCAACAGAUUGAUGCCCUUGUCCAUGACAUCUUUUAUACAUUGAAGGCAAAAGAGGAGGAGCAGGGAAAGAUCAGCACAACAUGGACUGCUUGUGCUGAACUCACACUCAAUCUUCUGUUUCAGAUCUAUGACAGCCUUGUAUGCUGCAUCUUACAAUGCAUUAUUACAGACCUAUUUCGACAAGUAUCUGAUCACAACAACUGCCUGUCAAGGAAGAAACUUGCUCAACUCAUCAAGGAAUUGGGCCUAAUCACGGAGUACCUUGAAGAAGGGAAUGUUUUUGGCAUUCAACGCAUUCCAGCUACAGUUGAUUCUUCAUUCAACCAGAGGACAAGUAAGGAGGCAAUCAGAGCAACGCUGAAGAAGCUAUGCAACCAGCUUCGCUUGUUCCGUUCUUGUCGACCUGAUCCAGAACGGAAUCCACGCUUCCUUCCAAUUGAGACCCUCACCAGAAUCCCAUCUGAUCUGAUGGAGGUUUUGGAGAUGUCCCCCAUUCAACUGGUUCCACCACCCCCCCUGUCUAAUACAGGAAGGAGAUCUCCUAGUUAUGAAUCAUGUUCAAGCAGUGGUGUUGUAGCAGAUGAGGUACCAGACUCUCCCCCUGCUCCUCCAUUGUCAACGCCUGCAAAUGUAAAUGAGAGGGUGCCCCAGGGGCCACAGAAGAUACAGCUGCAAGAAAUUCUGCUUCACCUUGAGAUGGAGAAUCGGAAACUUCAAGAAGAGAUUGAAAGAAUCAGGAUGAAGAAUGGGUCAAAGGGAGAAGAUAAAGAAGAUGUUCUUAAGGAAUGUUCUUGUCAACUCGAUGCUCAACUUGCUCGUCUAAAGAUGCUUCUCCAGGGUUACCUCAAGCAACUGAACACUGGUACUGAUAGUGUAGAUGGGAAACAGGAAAGAUGUGGAAUGGGGCGGUUGGAGAGCACUCCAGCUCUCCUCCAAUUACCUGUCUCUCGGAAAAGCCUUCCAUACAGCCCCAUUGGACUAUCUGAUACACAGCAGGGAAUACCCGCAAACUCUUUGCAGCCACGGAAAGCAAACAGUCCUGAGAACUGGACUCAGUAUUGCUGGGAUGAUUUGACAUCAUGCUUGGCAACUCUGCCUUCUGGCUCCAAGUAUCUUUUCCAAGAUCCAUUUAACAUCCCACAUGAAGAGGAUACAAAACGCCUCAGUGACAUCAACAAGGAAUUGGAAGACAUUCUUCGCCAGCUUGAUACGAUCUUCCAGAAAAGCAUGUCAAACGAGCCAUACAAGUUGCGCUGCACGUUGAGGGGCCAUUCAAUGGAUGUACGAUCAGUGGCAGUCAUUCAUCACCCCAGUGAAGCUAUCAUCACAGGAUCUCGGGACAAAACUGCAAGAUUGUGGACUCCCGACAAGAAUAGGAAAGGAGGAUUUGAGGCAGUGCAGUGUUAUACUUCCCAUGAGCAGUAUGUAUCGUGUGUGUGUGCUAUGCCUCCUGAUGAGAAGUAUCCCGAGGGUCUUAUCGUCACUGGCAGCAAUGACAAAAUCAUUAGAGGAUUUUCUCCCAAUCACCCUGACCCAGUCUUCACCCUAAGAGGCCAUGAAGGAAAUGUUCUUUACCAGCUGGAAAUGUAUGUAUCGUGUGUGUGUGCUUUGCCUCCUGAUGAGAAGUAUCCUGAGGGUCUUAUCAUCACUGGCAGCAAUGACAAAAUCAUUAGAGGAUUUUCUCCCAAUCACCCUGACCCAGUCUUCACCCUAAGAGGCCAUGAAGGAAAUGUUUGUUCGCUGGCAGCUGGGCGGUUCUGUACCUUAGUGAGCGGUUCUUGGGAUUGCAGUGCAAGGGUAUGGCAAAAUGAAAUCUGUAUGGCUACCCUGGAUGGGCAUAGUGCAGCAGUAUGGGCUGUAGCCAUUGUUCCAGGCUCUCAGAUCAUCCUUACUGCCUCUGCUGAUAAAACUAUUAAAAUUUGGCAGGGAGACAAAUGCCAACACAACUGCCUUGGCCAUACAGACUGUGUGAGAGCCCUAGCAGUCCUGUCACCAUCUGAAUUUGUAUCAUGCUCUAAUGAUGCCUCCAUCAAGAAGUGGAACAUCAGUGGGGAGUGCCUGGCCUCCCUCUAUGGGCAUUCAAAUUUCAUCUAUAGUGUCUCAGUGUUGCCCAAUGGGAUUGAUUUGGUGAGUUCUGGAGAAGAUAGAACUGUGAGGGUGUGGAAUGGUACUGAAUGUGAGCAGACCAUCUUCUUGCCUGCUCAUUCAAUUUGGGGUGUGGCAGUUUUGGCCAAUGGAGAUAUUGUUGCUGGCUGCAGACCAAUACAAUAUAAAAAGAAAAGUAUAUCAACUCCAGAAUUUAAUUUCUUCCUCAACUCCAAAAGUGAUGGAACAUGUAGAGUCUUCUCACGAAACCCUGACCGCUGGGCAUCACCAGAAGAGUUGAAGGAGCUUGAAGACGAGCUUUCAGCUACACAGGUUGCAUCUAGUGGAGAGCUGGGUGGCAUGAAAGUCUCUGAGUGGAAUGAGAUUGUCAUUACCUUUCCUUUGUGUGGUUCUUUUGAUAGUCUGCCUGGAAAGGAAGUGUUAAAUGCACCAGGGAAGAAAGACGGACAGACAAAGAUGGUGAGAGAUGGAAUCAAUGUAGUCUUGUAUGCAUGGAAUAUGGCAGAAGAGACCUGGACAAAAGUGGGUGAUGUUGUUGGUGCAAACAAACCUGAGAAAACUCUCCAUGAAGGAAAGGAGUAUGACUAUGUCUUCACAGUGGAUGUGGAGGAAGGGAAGCCUCCCUUAAAACUCCCCUAUAAUAUCACUGAGGAGCCCUGGUAUGCAGCUCAAGCCUUCAUUGAAAACAACAACUUGAGCCAGCUCUAUCUUGACCAGGUUGCCAACUUCAUCAUUCAGAACACAAAGGAUAAGGCUCCGAAGCAAUAUCAAACCCCAGGAGAAGCUUUUGCAGACCCUUUUACAGGUAUAUACCAGGCACAGGUGAAGCCAGUUCAUCUUCAAGCUCCCAAGGAACUGACCCAUUCACUGGAUCAGGUCGAUAUAUUCCCAGUGAAGAAUCCCGGGCAGGUGAUGGAAUGGGCACAGGUGAAGCCAGUUCAUCUUCAAGCUCCCAAGGAACUGACCCAUUCCCUGGAUCAGGUCGAUAUAUUCCCAGUGAAGAAUCCCGGGCAGGUGAUGGAAUGGGUUAGUUUUAUUUACUUAGAGCAAGAAGUUGAUUUUCUUAUUCUAAACUCCAGUGUUUGUGAUAUAGAAAGUGGUGAAGUGCCUGAUGCUGCUCUUCUAGCCAACAAUCCCUACUUCCCUCAGAAGGACUAUGUGAGGUUUGACACUGCCAACUCAGCUGCCUUAUUGGUUUAUUCGGGUUUAAUCGGUCUGGUGGACACCUGCUUUGCACCAAAUCGGUUACGUGGACACCGAGCUGGUUCAUAG